AUGGAUCACCACCCAGAGCAGAGUUACCCGCUGUCUCUUUACCCAGGCUCACAGGGUAAUGACCCAGCGAGUACAAACUUCACAGAUGAGCAUGACCAGUCUAUGUACGCAGAAGACAGCAACAGGAAUCCAUUUAGCGAGAACACAUACAAGCCUAGUGGUUCACCCGAAGCCUCAACAUCUGGAUGGCAGCAGCGCCAAACAAUCGGUGCCAGUCGACUUCGACGGUACCCAACACGCAAGAUCCACUUGGCCAAGGGCACAGUUCUAAGCCUCGAUCAUCCAGUCCCGAGUGCGAUUCAAAAUGCCAUCGAGCCACGAUAUUCCCAGGAUGCGAGCAUCUCACCCGAGGAAUUCACCCACCUGCGAUAUACAGCAGCCACCUGUGACCCCGAUGAAUUCACCCUCCGCAAUGGGUAUAACCUACGCACGGCCAUGUAUAAUCGACAUACAGAGCUAUUGAUCGCCAUUACAUACUACAACGAGGAUAAGGUUCUCACUGCUCGUACCCUCCACGGAGUGAUGCAAAACAUCCGGGAUAUAGUCAAAUUGAAAAAGACAGAGUUUUGGAAUAAAGGGGGCCCGGCAUGGCAGAAGAUUGUGGUCUGUUUGGUGUUUGAUGGCAUUGGCCCUUGUGAUAAGGAUACUUUGGACGUGUUGGCCACUAUAGGCAUCUACCAGGACGGAAUCAUGAAACGGGAUGUCGAUGGCCGGGAAACAGUGGCUCAUAUUUUUGAAUACACGACGCAGUUAUCUGUCACUCCGGCGCAGGAGCUCAUCCGACCGCAAGCCGGUGAUAAUCGGGCCCACAACCUACCACCGGUCCAGAUGAUCUUUUGCCUGAAACAGCAGAAUAGCAAAAAGAUCAAUUCUCAUCGCUGGUUGUUCAAUGCGUUUGGCCGGAUCUUGAAUCCAGAAGUAUGCAUCCUCAUCGAUGCAGGCACUAAACCGGGCCCGAAGUCUCUGCUUGCACUGUGGCAGGCUUUCUACAAUGAUAAAACGUUAGGAGGUGCCUGCGGAGAGAUCCAUGCCCUGCUUGGCCAGCGCUAUGAAAAGCUUUUCAACCCGCUUGUAGCCGCCCAGAACUUCGAAUACAAGAUCUCUAAUAUCCUCGACAAGCCCUUGGAAAGUGUCUUUGGAUAUGUAAGCGUCCUUCCAGGCGCGUUCUCGGCUUACCGAUACCGGGCCAUCAUGGGCCGGCCCUUGGAGCAGUACUUUCACGGUGAUCAUACGUUGUCCAAAAGACUGGGGCGGAAAGGCAUCGAGGGAAUGAAUAUCUUCAAGAAGAAUAUGUUCCUCGCUGAAGACAGAAUUCUCUGUUUUGAACUUGUGGCCAAAGCGGGGUCCAAAUGGCACUUGACCUAUGUGAAAGAAUCAAAAGGCGAAACAGACGUCCCUGAAGCCCCGGCCGAAUUCCUCAGCCAAAGACGACGGUGGCUCAACGGGUCAUUUGCAGCCGGUUUGUACUCUAUCAUGCAUUUCACUCGAAUCUACAACAGUGGCCACAAUGCCCUUCGACUAGCAUGGCUGCAUGUCCAGCUCGUCUACAAUCUGUGCCAGCUCGUCAUGACGUGGUUCUCUCUCGCAUCCUACUGGCUAACCACCUCCGUAAUCAUGGACAUCGUCGGCGUCCCCAGCUCAACCAACAAAAACCACGGCUGGCCCUUCGGCAACGAAAUCACCCCGAUAAUCAACAACGUAAUAAAAACCACAUACAUAAUGGUCCUCAUCCAACAAUACAUCCUAGCCCUAGGAAACCGACCAAAAGGCUCCAAAAUCGCCUACCUCCUAGCCCUAACCUACUUCGCCAUCAUCCAACUCUACAUACUCACUCUCUCCUUCUACCUCGUCGCCCAAGCAUUUACCGGCGGAUCCCUCAGCCUGGACACCCACCACGGCAUCGCCGACUUCCUCUCCUCCCUAUUCACCUCCACAUCCGGCCUGGUCCUCAUCGCCCUAAUCUCAACAUACGGCAUCUACGUUCUCGCUAGCAUCCUCUACGCCGACCCAUGGCACAUGAUCACCUCCUCGUGGGCGUACUUCCUGGGCAUGCCCUCCUCGAUCAACAUCCUCAUGGUAUACGCUUUCUGUAACUGGCACGAUGUAUCAUGGGGUACGAAGGGGUCUGACCAAACAUCCUCUCUCCCCUCAGCGCAUACCCACCCCUCAACUGACCCCUCCUCGGCAACGAAUUAUGUAAUGGAGGCUGAUAAGCCCCAGGCGGAUAUUGAUAUUGAGUUUGAGGUUACGGUUCAGAGAGCGUUGACGCCGUUUCACCCGCCGGAGGAAAAUGAGAAGAUUGAGUUGAGUGAUUCGUAUAAGACUUUCCGGACAAAUUUGGUGCUUUUCUGGUCGUUGACGAAUGCGCUUUUGGUGUUGUUGAUUAAUAAUGCCGAGGUGACGAAAUUGUGUUUGACGAGCACAUCGACUACCCGAACAGCAUGGUACUUCAAGAUCAUUCUCUUGGCUACUUCUGCCCUAUCCGUGUUUCGAUUUCUGGGCGCGUUGUGGUUUCUGGGUAAAACGGGGAUUUUGUGCUGUUUUGCCCGGAGGUGA